UUUAAGACGCUUUUCACUCGAGAAGUUUUGUCGAAGCUAGCACAAAGUUUGCUUUGCGUGCAAUGGGUACUGGGUAGUCUUCCAGCUGUGAUAUUUGGAUCUCAUCUUGGUGAUGUUUGUUUAUUUAUGUGUGGGUUGCUUGUGUUACUCAAAUGAACGAGUAUGGUCGAAGAAACUGUUAACUCCGUAGCGAAGCCGAAGAAUAAAACAGCACGCCCAAAACCAGUGUAUCUGUGGACUGUUCUGGAUGUUCAGAAAUGGCUGCGAAGACAUUGCAGUGACUAUUACCCAUUGUAUGCAGAAAAGUUUCAGCAGCAUGACAUAACUGGCAGGUCAUUAAUAAGGAUUAAUGAAAGCACCUUAAUUAGACUGGGCAUUGAAAAUGCUGUACAUCGCCAAGAAAUUUGGAGAGAGAUUGCAAAACUCCGCCUGAAGACUGACAUCAUAGAAAUCCGUGAUCUGGAAAGGAGGAUUAAUUGCUGACAUAUUUAUAAUCAUACUGUAAAGAAAUUGUUAGUUAUGAAUUUUACAGAAAAAGAAAGAUUCAUUUUAACAUUCUUCGUGCUACUUCUGUCAUUAUAUCACGCAAGGAAAAGAGCAACUACAUUACGACUUAUACAUCUGAAGAAAAGAAGAUGCCGUUUGUUGCGUACCAUCAUGGACAUAUCUCACACGCGAGAGAAAUAGCAAAGUGAUAAAUUGUACCCAUUUUCUUCAUGAAAUAUUAUUCUUUUCAAAUCUCUGUAUCACUUCUCUCUUCCAUAGAUGUUAAAUAAAACUGUCAUUCCUUUUACAAUUCUAUGUAUGCUUCAUGAUCAGAAUUCUUUCUUGCAUAAUUGUUCUGUAAUAAUUCUUAAUUUUUAAGAAAUUUAUUAAAAUUGGAAGUAAAACAGCUGGGGUAAUGUUGGAACUCAUAAUGUGUGAGUAAAUGACCAGUAAUUAGACAGAAAGUGUCAAUAUUGAUUUGUCUUACCUCGCACUCCGGACUGCUUUAUCUUUAUCUGUCAGAGUUUAUUGUUCCGUUUCAGUUUCCUGCUCUGUAGCCUCCUUGUGUUGUAGCUUUUCCAUUAAUUCAUCGCCGGCCGGAGUGGCCGAGCGGUUAAAGGCGCUACAGUCUGGAACCGCACGACCGCUACGGUCGCAGGUUCGAAUCCUGCCUCAGGCAUGGAUGUGUGUGAUGUCCUUAGGUUAGUUAGGUUUAAGUAGUUCUAAGUUCUAGGGGACUUAUGACCACAGCAGUUGAGUCCCAUAGUGCUCAGAGCCAUUUGAACCAUUAAUUCAUAUUGUAUGUGUUCUUCACUUGUGAUUAAACAAAACUCUUGUUUGUUGUUACAAAUUACUGUUGUAGGUUAACAUAUAAGAGAUGCUAAGCUGUGUUGUGUCCAUAGAUUAAAUUGCAAAGCAUAAAUAUAUCAAA